AUGGUCUGUGCCACUAUGAAUGUUAUAAAGUCACCAACCCAAUUAGAUAAUAUGGAAGAGGAUGAGUCCGAAGAAGACUCUCAAGAUUCAACAGAUCAUAAUAGCACAAAGAGACCACAGGCAUUAUUUCUCAACUUUACAUCCGACCUUUCACCACAGAAAAUGAACAAGAAAAAAGCGAAACCAAAGCGACAGACAGCUUACCGAGUGAACGGGGUUAACAUUCUCAAUAGAAAUAAUCUGGAUAGCAAAACAGCCAUUGAAAGAAUUCAAAGAAGAAGAGAGAACCAUAAUCAUGUUGAACGUCGUAGAAGAGAUAACAUUAAUAACACGAUCUAUGAACUGUCCAAUGUAGUACCUAAUGCCAUACAGCCGGGACAAAAACCAAACAAGGGAAACAUCCUGAAAUUGUCACUUGACUAUAUCAAGGAAUUACAAGCUGAAAAUAACGCACUAAAAGAAAGAUUAGGCUCGAUACAGUCAUCACCAACAACAUCUACUACACCUAAUUCUCCUAGCAGAUUUAUUCCAACUUCAGCUGUUUCCGUUCCUUCAUCUCCGUUGAUUCAUAAAGAGGAAAUUAUGCCAACGACAUUACCUCCUCCACUUGUCUUACCCGCUCCUAAUAAUAAUACGCCUAAUAAUAACAGUAAUCCUAUGCCUCCUUUUUAUAUUCCUCAACCUCCUCCGUUUAUGUCAAGACAGCCAACAAAUGGUGGAUUUAGGCCACUUUUACCAGCUACCACCACCACCACCACAACGACUACUACAACAACAACGACAACAACCGCCCCUACUACUCCCACCACACCUCCUCUUCCUCAUCAUUCAGCUCCCUUUUUGCCCUCUCUUCGUAUGAGUGGCUAUGAAAAAAUAUAUGGCAGCGUUUGUCGAUACUAG